CAACUUCACGAUUCCUCAAAUUCGUCGAUUCGGAAUUUUGUUCUUCAAUUCCUCUUUCAGAAUGCUGAGAGAUUUGAAAUUCCCACGCCGAAAUCCCGACAAACACGAAGAAAUGGAGAAUGUGGAUCCUCAGGAUUCAUCGGCUGCUGCUCAGAGGGGCGCGGAAGGUUCUAGACCUCCACUGAAAACAAUUCAAGAGCCUGAUGCGAGUUGUGAAAGCAAGACUGAUAGAACUCCUUCGAAGAUCAAUAAGGGAAGAGGAGGAGCUGAGCUUCGGACUCCGGAUAAACACGGAGGAGGAGGAGGAGGAGGAGGAGGAGGAGGAGGAUUGGUGUGGAAACAACACCGGUUCGGGUGGGCUCACAAGAACGACGCCGCUUCGUCCUUGUGUGAUGAUAGGAGAGGAUCUGGUGUUGGAAAUGUCACUCCUCGGGUGACUCGCAGAGCAGUUUCUAAUGCCACGGCUUGUUCCGAGAGCAAUUCGACGCAGAGCACUCCAACCAAGAGUGUGACUAAGCCUCCUCCGAGCUCGGUUCGGAGCAAGGCUGAUGGAAGCUUCAGUGCUCGUUUGGGGAGCUAUGCUGCAUUGUAUAAAGGGGUUCCGAGUUCGUCUUGCACUCCCACGGUUGUUAAUACGGUCGAAGUGCCUCACUUUGAUCUCAAAGAAGAUUCUUCAUUCUGGAUUAAUCACAAUGUACAGGUUAUUAUUCGUGUUCGUCCUCCCAAUAGCAUGGAGAGGAGUAUACAGGGCUAUAACAGAUGCCUGAAACAAGAAAGCGCUCAGUGCAUUACUUGGAUUGGGCAACCAGAAAAUCGAUUCACAUUUGACCACGUUGCAUGUGAAACAGUAGACCAGGAAAUGAUUUUCAGAAUGGCUGGUCUUCCAAUGGUAGAAAACUGCCUUUCAGGAUACCAUAGCUGUAUGUUUGCAUAUGGACAGACAGGAAGUGGGAAAACAUAUACAAUGCUUGGUGAAAUUGAUGAUUUAGAUGUGAAGCCCAGUCCCCAUCGUGGAAUGACUCCACGUAUAUUUGAGUUUUUGUUUGCCAGGAUCCAAGCUGAAGAGGAAAGUCGAAGAGAUGAGAACUUAAAAUACAACUGCAAGUGUUCCUUCUUGGAGAUUUACAAUGAACAAAUUACAGAUCUACUUGAUCCCUCAUCUUCUAAUUUGCUACUGCGGGAGGAUGUCAAGAAGGGUGUUUAUGUUGAAAAUCUAUCUGAGUUUGUGGUUCAAAGUGUGAGUGACAUUAUAAGGCUUCUUAUUCAGGGUUCUGCAAAUAGAAAAGUUGCAGCAACAAACAUGAAUAGAGAGAGCAGUAGGUCCCAUAGUGUUUUUACAUGUGUAAUUGAGAGCACAUGGGAAAAGGAGUCUACAACUAAUUAUCGUUUUGCAAGGUUGAACCUGGUUGAUCUAGCUGGUUCAGAAAGACAGAAAACUUCUGGUGCUGAGGGCGAGCGUUUAAAGGAAGCAGCUAACAUCAAUAAAUCGUUAUCAACCUUGGGUCAUGUAAUUAUGAUACUAGUGGAUGUGGCAAAUGGGAAGCAGAGACAUGUCCCUUAUAGAGACUCUAGGCUAACGUUUCUUCUUCAGGACUCUCUUGGUGGAAACUCGAAAACAAUGAUCAUUGCCAAUGUCAGCCCUUCUAUCUGCUGUGCUGCAGAAACAUUGAAUACACUUAAGUUUGCUCAGAGAGCAAAACUUAUUCAAAAUAAUGCUGUGGUGAACGAAGAUUCUACUGGGGAUGUAAUUGCUUUACAACAUCAAAUUCGGCUUUUGAAGGAGGAGCUUUCGACCCUUAAACGACAUCAGAAUGUCUCCAGGUCUUUGUCAUUUCCUCUGGCAUCUGUUAGAGAUAUAAAACAAUCACUAGAAGAUUGUUGCUUAGAAAACGCACCUGAUAUGGUUGAACAACAUGAUGAUGAUAUGCUUAACUAUGAAUCCAAAGGCAUCAGAAUGUCCCACAAACAGCUGAAAUCAUUGGAGACAACUCUUGCUGGUGCUUUGAGAAGGGAGCAGAUGGCAGAAGCUUCUAUUAAGGAACUAGAAGCAGAAAUUGAACAAUUAAACCAUUUGGUUCAUCAAAGAGAGGAAGACACUAGGAGCUGCAAAAUGAUGCUUAGGUUUCGUGAAGACAAAAUUCGUAGAUUGGAAUCACUAAUUGCUGGUUCUAUUCCUUCGGAUACAUUUUUGCGGGAAGAGAAUAAAGCACUUUCUGAUGAGAUUCAGAUACUUCAGGGCAAACUUGAUCGAAAUCCUGAAGUUACUCGGUUUGCUGUGGAGAAUAUCAGGCUUCUAGACCAACUUAGAAGAUAUCAAGAGUUCUAUGAAGAAGGGGAGAGAGAGAUUCUAUUGGCUGAAGUAUCUACUUUGAGGGAACAGGUACACGUGUCUCUAGAAUCUAAUUUGCUUCAAUCUCAUGGAAGAAACUCCAUACAGGGUGAUUCAAAUUAUGGCAUUCAACCUCAGAAAGCUCAGUGCUGCAGGAAAGAAAAUGAAUCUGUUGAUCUAGAGCUAAGAAAUGCCCAUCACGAGUUACAGGAAUGCAGGCAUAACUUAAAUUAUUGCUUAGAGGAGAAUGCAAAACUCAGUAGGUAUGAUUUUUGUUCUCUUGUUGAAGUUCAUUUGGGAAUUAGACUCUUUUCACUCGAUGCUGAGCAGCACGAAUGCCACAAAGGUAGUGUGGUUUCUAUAAAUGAAGCAUCGUGCAAAGCUCAGGCACCUCCACCUAAGAUGGUGGUGAAGCAUGAACCUCAAAUGUUAAAACACACAGAUGAUAUGUUGAAUUUGCACCUGGAAUUAGAUAUAACAAAGAUCAUUCUGAAGGAAGAGAGGGACUACCGUGGCAUAUUGGAGGAGCAAACAACAUGCUUAAAUCUGGAUUUGCAGAUGGCAAAAGACAAGCUUUUGCUGACAAGCAAACAAUUAGAAGAUGCAGACGAUGAGCUGAAAGAGACAAAAUCUGUCAUUGAAGCUCUUGAAUCACAGCAAAUUUUAUCAAUCAAAGAGAUAGAAGAGAUGAGGAACAAGAACAGCAAUUAUCUGGAGCUUAUGAGGAAACAAGAGCGUGAGAUCAUGGCCUUGAAGAACCAACUUGCUUCUAAAGAGUUAAAGGAUAAUUUUCCUUCAAAUCAUUCAGCGAUUGAAAAUGAGUCCACCUUACAGGUAAAAUUCAGAAGGAUGCAUGAUUCUCUUGAAAAAGCCAAGCAACUGAACCUGUUGUACCAAAGUGAUCGUGCAUUUCAGAUUUCUAAUGAGGAAGAGAUAGAUGAAGUGUGUCGGCAGGCUGAGGCUGAAACUGCUGAGGUAAUUGUCUGUAUGCAGGAAGAACUUGUCCAGCUCGAGCAUCAAGUACAUGAUAGUCAUUUGAAGGAAAUAGAAAUGAAAGAAAGUAUAGUGCAAUUGGAAACUGAAUUGAAGGAGGUGCAGGGAAAAUUGUUUGCUGUUGUUGAUGAUAACCAAAGUUUAAGGGAAGAGCUUGGGCAGAAAGACCUAGAACUAAGAUCCCUGGCUGAAGAAUGGGAACUUUUAACCUCUGAGAUUGAAGAGAUUCUUGCUGAUGGAUGUGAGGCACUUGUUGAUGCCUCUGAUGAACUUGGCCAUAUAAGCAAUUCAUUUCCUCAAAAAAGGAUCUGGAUUUCUGAACAAGUUGGCAUGGUGGUUAGAAAAAUCUCUGAAAAAGAAUUAUUAAUUGAUGAACUCAGAAGAUGUUUGGAAGAUGCAAGCAAUAAAAGAAGUGAUAUGGAUUGUAUGCUGAAGUCCUUACGAAGUGCAGCACUGGUAAUUACUGAAGCUCACCAGAAGGAAUGCACUGAAAAAGAGAAAGAAAUUCUCCUACUGACAUCACAGCUAAGUGAAAAAACAUCUACUGUGAUAGAGCUGAAGCAACAGUUGAUAAUGGCAGAAGAUCAUAUCAGCAGAGCAUCAAAUUGUGCAACUGUGGCUUUUGUUGUUGUGAAUAGAUUGUCAGAAGUGAAUCUUGGUUACCUUGGUGAUCUAAAGUUCAAGGAUCUUCUGCUUAGUGAAUUAGAAGAGACUAAUCAUAGGAAGGAUGCCCUUCUCAUCGAUCAGUCCACUUCACUUGUACAAGCUGAGAGACAGAUAGCAGAAUUGCAGGAAAGAUGUGACAAAUUAUGGCAGAAGCUUUCUGAGGAGCAAGAAAAUUCUUGUGCUUUGGAACAAAAGCUUGAAGAUAUUGAAAAGAAUGCUAUUUCUGAGACAAGGGAGCAAUUAGCAACGUUACAAGAUGGUGUCUCUUCGAUCAGGUCAUGCAUAGCCUCAUUUGCAGACAAUUCAGAAGGUCUUGAUAAUAGAAAUUCCUUGGAUACAAGUUCUGAAACUCAUCAAAACAAUGAUUCAGAUCCACUUUCUGUUGAAGAACCUAUAGUUGACCUGGCGGACUUACCCUUUAAAUUGGUUGAAAAUGGAUACAAGAAGAAAGACCAGAAAUCAAGAGGAGUUUGCAAGGAAGCAUCAUGUGAAAGAGAUGUUACCAUUACACUUUUGAGAAAAGAAAUAGAAUGUGCUCUUGAAAGCUUAAAAGAAGUGCAAAAUGAGAUGGCCAGAUUACAUGAAGAGAAAAAGGAGAUGUCAAUGUGUGAAAAGCAGAGUCGGCAAAGCAUGGAGUGCCUCACAACUCAGAUACUUGCCCUACAAGGAUCUAUGAGCCACUUUGAAGAGCAAUCCAAAGUCAAGAUUGAAGUACUCAUUCACAAACUUAGAGACCUGGAGAAACCUCUGGGAGAAGCUAUUUCCCAUUGGUAUCAAAAGAAAGAGUGGCUUGAACUUGAAGUUGGAAACGCAAAGAUCAUUACAACUCAGAAAGCUGAAGAGGCAUCCUGUAUUCUUGCUAAAUUUGAAGAAGCCCAAUAUACAAUGAAAGAAGCAGAUAUUAUGAUCAAUGAAUUAAUGAUAGCUAAUGAGUCAAUGAAGCUUGAUAUUGAAAGACUGAAAGAAAGAGAAGUCACAUUACUCAAUGAGAAGGGUAUAUUAGUCCGCAAGGUUGAGAGCUUACAAACUGUUGUUGAUUUGAAGAAUCAGGAGAUGGAUGACCUUGUUGAAUCAAAUCUUAUAGAAACAAAGGAUCUUGUUGUGAAGCUGGAUGAUGUCAUUAAAGAGGUCCAAUUGAUGACGAAGGAAAAUUCCAUGUCUAUAGCUUGUGAUUUAGAGUGCUUCAAGUCUCAAUUUUUAUAUUCCACUAAGUUAAUACAACCAUGGCUUGAGGAGAUAUGGUCUCAGAUAAUUUUAAAAGACUGUGCUAUGUCUGUGCUACACCUCUGUCACAUGGGUAUUCUACUGGAAACAGUAACAGGGAUGCAUGCAGAAAAUGGUUUCCUUUCACAUGGCUUGUGUGAAUCAAACUCUAUCAUAAGUGAGUUGAAGGAACACAAUUUUAGGACGAGGCAAGAGCUAGACAUGUGCAGAAUCUUGAAAGGGAAACUGCUGGCUGACAUAAAGAACAGUUUUGAUCGCAUUACUAGGAAGGAAAUGGAAGCUGGGGAGAUCACCAUCAAGCUAAACACUUUUGCCAAAAACAUAUCAGACCUACAGCUUCAGGAGGAGAUGAUGUUGCAAAGGUCUAACGAAAUGGGAUCCCAACUUGCUAUGUUGAUGCGGGAAUUGGAUCUAAGUAAUACUGACGUUGUGACAUCCCUUUUAGAUCAAGAGAAACUACUGAAACAGAAACUAGAGGCCAUUGAGUCUCAAGCUGAAUUUUUUAUGGCAGAUUGGUAUGCGAAAGACUUUGAGUCACUCAUCCAUACUUCUGAAUUAAAAAAUAUGGCAUAUUAUGUAUCUGAUAUAGAGGAGCAUCGUGUCAAGUAUUCUACAUUAAUUGAGAAAUUGAAGAAAGAAACAAUCUUUUUCCAGGUAGAAACUAAGCUAGCUGAACAAAUUUUGAUGGACAAGGAAGUUGAAGUUUACACUCUGAAAAGAGAACUUCAGCAGACAAAAGUGGAAAGGCAGGGCCUAUUGGUGGAAUUGAAUCAGAACAUCUUAAGGAUUACAGAGAUGGGAAAAGUAAACAAGAUCCUUGAAAAAAAUAAUGAGUUUCUAAAGGAUGUUACUUGUUCUAAUAAUGCAUUGAAGGGUGAACUUGUUGAAGUUAAGGAGGCAAAGAAAAGACUGCUGGAUAAGAUUCUAGAUCUUGAAGCAGAUUAUGAUAAAGUAAUUGGUGAUCUCAUAGAGAAGGAUGUGACUUCUGAAUUUUCUUUCCAUCAGAUUUCUUUUCUUCAACAUCAAAAUACAGAGUUAAAGAAAGUAAACAACAUGUUGGAAAAUUCAUCUUGCAGACUUAAGAAUGAGUUGAACCUACGAGAUUCAGAGUUAAUUAGAAUGCAAAGCUUACUACAGGUUGAGUCAUCUCGAAAGGAUGAUGUUACUUGUUCUAAUAAUGCAUUGAAGGGUGAACUUGUUGAUGUUAAGGAGGCAAAGAAAAGACUGCUGGAUAAGAUUCUAGAUCUUGAAGCAGAUUAUGAUAAAGUAAUUGGUGAUCUCAUAGAGAAGGAUGUGGCUUCUGAAUUUUCUUUCCAUCAGAUUUCUUUUCUUGAACAUCAAAAUACAGAGUUGAAGAAAGUAAACAACAUGUUGGAAAAUUCAUCUUGCAGACUUAAGAAUGAGUUGAACCUACGAGAUUCAGAGUUAACUAGAAUGCAGAGCUUACUACAGGUUGAGUCAUCUCGAAAGGAUGAUGUAAUAAAAGGGUUGCUGUAUGAUAUGAGCUUACUGCAGGAAUCCGCAUCUAUCAGUAAAGACCAAAAGGAUGAAAUUGAGGAAAUGGUGGCUACAAUGGAAGCAUUAGAAGUGGAGCUUGCUGUUAAAUCAGGUGAGCUUGCUGACAUUGCUGUGAACUGUCAGUCACUUGAAGCUCAGUUGCAGGACAAAUCAGACAUAAUUACAGCUCUUGAGUUGGAUCUCUCAAAAGAACGUGAGGCUCUAAAGUUGCAAGUCAGAGAAAAUCAAGAACUUAGAACUCAUAUUGAAGAGACCUUGGAAGCAAGAAAACUAGCUGAUGAUGAGCUAACAGAAAGAAGGAAGAUAACAGAGAGCUUAGAAGAUGAAAUCUUGGAAAUGAGCAGUGUUCUUAGCCAAAUGAAUAAUUCAAUUAAAAAUAUGAGUAGUGAUCUCGAUGAACUCACUAUUGAGAGGGAUCAACUUCAGGGUCAGAUAAUUUGCCUCAAAGAAAGGCUUGGAAAAGCUGAAGCACAAUCAGAAGCUAAUGAAGGAAUCGCUCAAGAAGCUCAGAAGAUGGCAGAAACAAGAAAAGUUUAUGCUGAAGACAAGGAAGCAGAGGUGAAACUUCUAGAGAGAUCUGUUGAAGAGCUGGAAAACACUGUAAAUGUAUUAGAAAACAAAGUUGACAUCAUUAAAGGAGAAGCUGAACGACAACGGCUGCAAAGAGAAGAUCUAGAAUUGGAGCUCCACGCAUUAAAAGAUCAGAUGCAAAAUGUUAAAAAUGCUGAUGGUGACAUGAAAAGAUUUUUGGAUGAAAAAGAGAAAAGCCUUGAAGAAGCCCUAAAUCACAUACAGGUUCUUAAGAGGGAUUCAGCAGAAAAGGAUGCAGAGAUCGCACAAAUGAAAGAUCAUAUUUCGGAGCUAAAUUUGCAUGCUGAAGCACAUGCACAGGAGUACAAGCAGAAAUUCAGAGCAUUGGAAGCCAUGGUUGAACAAGUCAAACCUGAGGGGCUUUCUACCCAUUGCACAAGUGCUUUGUCAAACAAGUCUGAGAAGAAUGCCACCAAAUCUCGAGGUUCUGGUUCUCCUUUCAAAUGCAUUGGGUUGGGCUUGGCACAACAGGUAAAAUAUGAGAAGGUUGAAGAGCUGUCUGCUGCAAGACUGCGCAUUGAAGAACUAGAAUCCCAGGCAGCGUGCCGACAGAAAGAGAUAUUUUCACUGAAUGCUAGAUUAGCAGCUGCUGAGAGCAUGACGCAUGAUGUAAUUCGAGACUUACUUGGAGUAAAGUUGGAUAUGACCACCUAUGUGUCACUAUUGGAUAAUCAGCAAGUGCAGAAGAUUACAGAGAAAGCUCAAUUUCUCACUUUAGAACCUCAAGAGAAGGAACAGGAGGUUAUUAAACUAAAGAAGCAGCUGAAUGAAUUUAUUGAAGAGCGGCAAGGAUGGCUGCAAGAAAUGAAUAGGAAACAAGCCGAAUUGGCAGCUGCACAAAUUGCAUUGGAAAACCUUCGGCAGCGAGACCAGUUACUAAAAACAGAAAAUGAAAUGUUAAAGAUGGAAAAUGUAACUAAGAGAAAUAAAGUAAUGGAACUGGAGGAAGAAAUGAAGAAGCUGUCUGGACAGCAAAACCUUCAGCAACGUAUUCAUCAUCAUGCUAAAAUUAAGGAGGAAAACAACAAGUUAAAGAUACAGAACGAAGAACUCAGCACAAAGCUACGGAGGGCAGAGAUCUUCCAUUCGCGUGUCAAAGAAGACGUUGCUCGUCUUCGUGCUUCAGCUGGGGCGAAACCAUGGGUUGAUUUUGAUGAGGAGCAACGUCUGAUGAUAAAACUGAAGGAGAUCGAGGAAGAGAAAGUACAAUUAGCACAGCAAUUACUGAGAUUGUCCACCAAUGUUUUGAAGGCUGCUGGAAUAGCAAAACCAAUGUCGGAUGUAAAUCCUUCUAUUGCUGAGGAGGCCCUAGAGGAGCUCAAGAAUAAGAUAACUUCUCUUGAAAUGGAACAACGGGAUUUGAAGUUUAAGAAUAAAAUUAUAAGUGAAAGGAUUCGAUUAUCUGAGCUCAUACCACAAGCUUCUCCUUUGAACUCAAGAGCUGGGGAGAAUCGUAUAACUCCUCCAAGGGCAUCCCAAGCUCCUUUCCUUUCCAAUUUUGAUAGAUAG